GCGCAAUCUCCCCCGACGCAUCCUGGCAAAGAUCUGACGAUGAUGCAUCACCGCGCUGCUGCCCUGCAACGGUCCGUAGCACUUCCUGCCGCCGCCCAUCCAUUGCACCUCAACCGUAGAUGGCACCACCCAGAUCUCUCCAAGGUGGGCAGACCAGGCAGGCACACACGCUGGCUACGCAUUGUUUCUUUGUCUGAGUGAGCAGUUGCGGGGUUGGAAAGCGGUCGAGAAGGAGGCAGAGGUCGGCCACGCGGCGUGGCAGAGGGAGCAGGAGCAUGCCCUGAAGAUGGGGCUGCCCGGCGCCUCAUCCCUCACGGACAAGACCAUCCCCACCUUCUCGAGAGGGGAGCUGCCUCACUUCGCGGGCAUUCUGACCUUCAUGAAGGCGCCUUAUGUGGAGGACGUCCGUGAGGUCAAGAAGUACGAUGCCGCUGUGGUGGGCGCGCCUUUCGAUGGCGGCACCACCUAUAGAUCUGGGACCAGGUGCGCCCGCACGCAUGACAUGACGUCAUGUCAUGCGAACGGAGUGGAUGGCGGGACUGGACUGUGUGUGUGUGUGUGUGUGUGUGUGCGCAGGUUUGGUCCACAAGGAAUUCGGCGCAUCUCGGCCUUGUACAGCCCUUACAAUUUCGGUCGGUAGACGGCAGGCAGGAGGGCAUCAGACAGACCUCCUCUGGUCCCCUAUCUCUUCAUUCACCAUGCUGUGCUGUAUCUGUCUGUGUGUCUGCUUGUAUGGUGUCAGAGAUGGGUGUGGACUUGCGCGAGCAGAUGACGCUCUGCGACACGGGCGACGUCUUCACGUGAGUGCGCCAGCAUACACACAGUGUCUGCAUGCCUUCCCUGUUGGCUGACUGUGGUUGGUUACAUCCAUCAAAUAAAUCAGUAUCCCGGCCAACAUUGAGAAGGCCUUCGACCAGAUCUCCAAUGGUGUGGGGUUCAUUGCGGCCAGCGGGGCCUUUCCCAUUGUGCUGGGCGGCGACCAUUCUAUCGGAUUCCCGACGGUCAGGGGAGUCGCAUCAUGCACCAGGUGCUUAAGCAUAUAGAACACUCACACUCACACGGAGAGAAGGCGACCUGCCAAUGAGUGUGUGUGUGUGUGUGCGCGUGCGUUGCAGCAAGAAGAUCGGCAUCGUCCAUUUUGAGUGAGUACCGAGGCAGGCAGGAACGGAGCUGCAAUCGAAUCGAGAUCUUGUGUGUGUGUGUGUGUGUGUGUUUCCCCCAAUCCCUGCCAGCCGCCAUGCGGACAUCCAGGAGAAGGACUUGGACGAGCGAAUGCACACCACACCCUAGUAAGUGAACAACGAAACACACAGAACCAAGCACAAGGCCCCAUCCGCUCCCCUCGUAUGUGUGUGUCAGUUUCCAUGCGACCAAUCUGCCCAACGUCCCUCCCAAGAAUUUGGUGCAGAUCGGCAUCGGUGGCUGGCAGGUGCCGCGUGCGGCGCUGCCCGUCAUGCGGCAGAGGAGACCCACCGUCUUCUCUGUCAGCGACGUCGAAGAGCUCGGACCAGAAAAGGCAAGACAGAUAGACAGACAGACCGGGGUGGGCAGCCACUAUACACUUCGGAUGGUGGCUCUUCUGCAGGUGAUAGAGAUGGCGCUGGAUCGCGCGUGGGACGGGGUCGAUGCUGUGUGGCUGUCGUUCGACAUCGACUGCAUCGACGCCGCUUUCGUGCCGGGAACCGGUGAGUCGAAGCGACACAACCGCACAGCCUUGUCCGUCUAUCCAUCUGUGCACGUGUGUGUGUGUAUGGUCCAUAUGCAGGUUGGCCCGAGCCUGGGGGCUUCCUCCCAAGGGAGGCCUUAAAGAUGGUUGGCUUGGUGGCCAAGGAGGGCCUGUGUGGGAUGGAGAUUGUCGAGGUCAGUCCCCCCUACGACACCUCGGACAUCACAUCGCUGAUGGCGCUGAGAGUGAUCGUGGACACGCUGGGCUCCCUGGUGGCGCACGGCAAGAUGGGCGCACACAAACACAUCAUCGACAAACCCUUCUCGCCUUUCUGAUCCAUGCAUGGGUGGGUGUUCGCCUGGAUGGUUGCGAGAUACGUGUACUAUGGAUAGAUGUAUGUCGACCUGUGCAG